GAAAAACCUCACGAAAACCAACGCAAACUACGAAAGGUUGCAGACAUCGAUAUUCUCAAUCUGGCAGGUGAAAUCACGUGCAAGAAAUGGAAAGUUAUUGGACGAAUCUUGGGUCUUACAGAUCCUCAACUGGAUCAGAUAGAGAUGAACAAGCAAAACGACGUGUACGAGCAAUGUUACGAGAUGCUGAAAACCUGGAGAAACAAUCAGAGUUCUGCUGCAACCUGCGAACAGCUUAAAGAAGCAUUGUGCCAUAAAAUUGUCAUGAAAAAUGAAGUAGCAGAACGUUUUUGCUACGCGGAAAUUGAGUAA